AGGAUGAAUUUAUUAAUUAAUUCAGAAGAACUGAAUUAACUCAUCGGUGGACAUCUAUCCCAAUAAUAGAAUAUUUCACUGGGUUAUUAAAUGCUGUCGUUUUACAUGAUAAUUCCUUUAAUUAAUUAAUUAUGAAAUUAUGAUUUACAUGUAAAUAUUUUAGAGUCGAUUGCAUAAUGUACAAAAAUUUACUAUUGUAUUACAUAGUAGUAUUAUUAUCGAUAACAUUCUAUGAUGGCACAUUUAUCUAUACAUCACAACAUGAGACAACCAACGCGAAUAAACCAGUUCGUUUGAGAAGCAGAGUAAGUCAAACAAACCAAGCUUUCAAGGUUGACGAAUAUUUAUUGAACAAAAUGCAGGAUGAUGAAGGAGAUUUAAAGCUUUCUAAAGAAUUCCCAGUACUUGAUACAUUGAUAUCUUCUGAAGGAGAUAAACAUCCAUCAGACAGCAUAAAUCAAAAAUUAGAAGGCCCAUCUUCAAGAACUAACAUUUAUCACAAUAACAAUAACAGAAAGAAUAAAAUAAAUGGACAGCGUUUACCAAAAGAUUCCAGUCUACUUGAUUCAUUUUGGCCUAAUUCUAAUGUUGGAAACAUAUUUGACAUAGGGUGGGAUCCGAAUCCACCUAAAGAAACUGAUUCACAAGAGGAUUUAGUACAACCAGAUGAAACACAUUUAGAGGGUGUUCCAAUCUUUAUUCAACAUCCUAAACCACUAUAUUAUACAACGAAAAAUAAACCAGCUACAAUUGAAUGUGUAGCUGAACCAGUUUCACAUGCCGCUAUCAAAUGUGCUGAACAAACAAUACCGUACAAAGGUCCCGGUGAGUCCGGAAUAUUGGAGAUUCAAAGAUUGAACUCAGAUAAUUUACCAGAUCCAGAUGGUAAACGUUGGAAACUACGCUUGGAAGUCAGAGCUAAAGAUGUGGAGGAAUGGUUCGAUACAUAUGUUUGUCAUUGUGAAGCGUGGAACAAAGUGGUUAAGCUACAAAGACCAAAAAAAGUUAUCAGCAAUACGACAGAAAUUAAAGAAGCAUAUUUAGAUGAAAAAUUCCAACUGGAACCGGUUUCUACAGAUUUAGCUGUCAGUAAACGUCUUGUGCUAACGUGCCUACCACCUGAAGGAGAUCCUGAUCCUGAAGUUUAUUGGUUAAAAGAUGGAAAGCGUGUUGAUACCAAAUCGUUUCCACAUAUUGUAAUUAAUGACUAUAAUCACUUGAUCAUAGAGAACACAACAACUGCAGAUAGUGGAAAUUAUACAUGUGUAGCAGCCUGUCUUAAUGGUGAGAAAAGACGUGCAGUUGCUCGAGUCAAUAUUUUCCCCUACAAUUCUGCCAUGAAUCGACCGGUAGGUGGUGAUUUGACUAACUGGGGUGAGUGGGGAAUAUGCUACAAAGUCAUAGGAGAAGGAAGCAAUGCUCGAACGUUUUGUCAACAAACCCGUUAUCGUAUAUGUGCCAAUCAAAUAACCUCAAAAAAUGAAUUUAAAUCAAUUGAUAUGAGUCAUCUAGUAACUGAUCAAUGUCCUUUGCCUUUAUUCCAAACAAGAAAUUGCUCCUCCAGUCAGUGUAUCAAUUCCAUGAAUAACGUCGUACUCAAGGGAAUUCACCUUUCAGAUAUAAAACCACCAACUACUACAUUAAAAAUAUCAAGUUCACAAAUGUUUAGAACUGGAGAAAUUGCAAUUUAUGUUGGUUUAUUUUUGUCUUUAGCCGUGCUAUUAGCCGUUAUUGCUCUAAUAACUAGGCGAAAAAGUUUGAAAUUUUCUACUUCUCGGGCGAUUCGUUAUUCCGCUUGUCUUCAUAGUAAACGUUCAUGUCGACAAGAGAUAGUUAAUAAAAAAGCCCAAGACCUGCUAUUACCCGGUGACAUGUCACAAACUAUGAUUACAAUAAUGAAUCCAAGUGUGGCCGAUACACAUAAUCAAGAGAUGAACAGAAUGAAACCAAGUUAUAAUAGUAACAAUAUAAAUAGUAAAACGUUUGGAGUAAAUGUAAUAAACGGUGCAAUUAAUGGUGUACUAUUUCAGCACCAAUACAAUACUGCUCCAAUCAAUAAUAUUCCUCUAAGUACAGCUGGACAGAGUUUGGUCUUUUCUAAUGGAACAUCUUUGGGGACAGCGACGUCACUUUUAGCAAACUUACCACCACCACCUGCCCCACCACCUCCUCCUCCGACUCCACCACCACCACUACCUCUAUCCUUACCCCCGAUUCCAACUACAUCAAUCAAUUUCGAUAGUAGUCACGGAGCAUCAGAUAUUUCCGGUUAUACUGGAUUUCCGAGUACCUUGCCAAGUACACAACAUUUUAUGAAUCCAGCAUCUUGUCAAAUAAAUGGAUAUAUGACAUCUGACCCAUAUUUACAAACAAAUAUCGAGUUUAAUAAUCAAGUGGUAAAUUCAGGGACUGAACCCACAUAUGUUGAAUCAGAAGUUGGGCUAUCCAGAAUAAGUUGUGGACCACACUUCUCAACACCUUUAGCUGUUAGCAAUUUAGGUGGUCCAAUCGAGAGUUCUUCUGGUCCUUCCACAGCAAACACAGGUACAACUGUUACUGCAAUUGGAUCUUGCAAUGGAGGAAGUAGUAAUGGAUCAGUAGGAUUGCCUUUAAAUAGAUGUCUAACAAAUAAAAGUCCUAAUAACUAUAACAUAAAUUUUUUAAACGUGGAAAUUGAUGAGUGCAACGAGACAUGUGAGCCAGAAUCUGGGCUAUACCAUGAAUUAUCUUUAGACGCAGUUUCAUCUGAUCGAUCAAUUUUAUGUGAAUUUAAUGAUCCUUUAGAAUUGGAUACGACUAUUCGUAAGACUAUAUCAUGCGAUGGUGAUCAACUAGCUUUGCCACAAUCAGGUAUUUUCUUGACCAUACCACAAGGUGCACUACAAUCCAAUUCACUCGUUGAAGUUUAUCUGGGAGUAUGUAGAGAAGAUAAACAUCGUCCUACAUUAGGUGAUCAUCAAACGUUACUAAGUCCCGUUAUUCAAUUUGGGCCAGUGGGCUUAAACCUGUUGAAACCUGUACUUUUAUCGUUUCCUCAUUGCGCCGAAUUAAAUCAAAGUAAUUGGUUAAUACGAGUCUUAGCAUUAGGACCGAAUUUGAAUCGUUCACCUAACAAUCUGAACACAUCAAAUAUAAACGGAUAUAAAUCCAACUACAGUGCAUUACAUACAAAUUUCGAUAAUUUUAUAUGGCAGGAAGUGGGAAUAAUUGGUUAUGAAUCAAAUGUUACUAAAUUCAUCUGUCAUCUUGAUUCAAAUAUGGCACAUCUAAUGACUGAUGUUGCACGGCGUUAUUGUCUAGUUGGUGAAACACAGAAACUUCUGGGUGGUAAUCGCUUAAUAUUAAACCAUAAAAAUUCAAAUCAUUCAGAAUUCCAAAAUUUUCCCAAUGGCAUCAAUACGAAUGGUUUGCAAAAUAUAAAUAUCACAAACUUUACUAAUAACAAUAAUAUUAUGACAGAUAGUACACAGGAUAGUGGUUUAUUACCUGACAUUCAGCCUGCAACAAAAAUUUUGAAAUUAGCUGCAUUUUCCGGACCACUAACACCAACAAUUGACUAUAAUAUAAGAGUUUAUGUACUAACUGAUACUAAAGAUGCAUUGGAACAUGUUUUAUACGUAGAGAAACGAUUAGAAGGAAGACUGUUAGAUGAUCCAAAGUCAUUAUUAUUCAAAGACAAUGGUGGAGGGUUGUGUUUUUACAUUGAAGAUAUUUCUCCUGGAUGGAGAAGCCGAUUACAAACUAAAUCACAGGAAAUACCAUUCCGACAUAUCUGGAAUGGUACACAAAUGUCUACGCUGCAUUGUGCAUUUUCACUUGAGCAUUUGGAUCCAAGACAGCUAAAUGUGUCGUGCAAAAUUAAAGUUUAUCAAGAGAAUUCCCAAUUACAAGAACAGAUUUUAAAAAUUUCAAACCAAAGAUUUGAGCUGAAAACCGAACAUUCAAGAACAAGAUUCUUCAGUUCAGAAGACCGUAGUUCAGAUAUUCGCUGUUUUCCUAGUUCGUAUCGGUUCAAAGCGUUUGAGUAUGUGAUCCACCAUAAAGGGGUAUAAGAUCAAUGAUCUUUAUUUGUUUAUCUUAACGAAAUAUUGAACUUUACCUAAAUGAUCUCCAGUCUCCAUUAGACUCUUGGUUUCUCGUAACAUGCACCUAAAACCAAAUAAAUGUUAUUCCACCAGUCAUUCCUGUAUGCUUGCUUUCAAAAAUUCGUGCGAAUUGGUAAAUAUGGUUCCAGUGGACAUAAGCAGAGAAAGUAUCUAAAAUACGUCGGAUUAGUGAGCGUAUAGCAUUGUAAACUGAGACAUAUCUAGCUGUGUACUUCCUUUAGUAACUACUCAAAGACUGUGUAAACUGUUGGAUACGAAAGAAGGUGAAUGGCAAAAACUAGCAAAGCAUAUAGGAAUGGAGAGGUAUAUUUUUUAUUUGAAAUCACAACCAAGUCCAACAGCAGUUCUUUUAAAUAUGUGGGAAGCUUGUAAUCGUAGUGAACCAAGUGUGAAUGAAUUAAAAGCUAUAUUCUCCGCCAUGGAUCGGGCAGAUUGCGCAAAUCUAUUAGACUGAAAUAUAAAUAAACAAAACAGACACCCUUAAUUUCAAAAAAUAUAAAAAUUGAAAUAUAUAUAUAUAUAUAAUCACAAAUACAUACAUACAACAAAUAGAUACAUUACCUUGAAGAGAUGAUACAUUUCCAAAAUACAUAUCUUUAAUUAUGAUUUUAUUAACUUCGGAGUCCUAGUGCAUUUAGAAAUAGUAAUGGGCUGCGUUCUAAGGUAUUACCUGGUACACAGUUAACAUAAUUUUCUGAAUCAAACAAAUAUAUAUCACUAUGAUAAUACAAAUAAUAUGAGUAAUUGUUGCUAAAUUUCAGCAAGCUGCUGACAAGUCUUUCUUUAUAUCCAAUGUUAACCGUAAACGAUUAAUUUCUACACUGAUUAGUACUGCCUAUGGGUUGUUCAUAACCGGUAAUAAAUUGGGAGUACCAAAAUAUGCAUCAAAAGUAAUUCAAUCGAAAAAAAAUCCACAUAUACCAUAAAAUGGAAACUCAGUGUUCAAUUGCUGACAAAUUAAAGAAAUUGCAUUUAAUUUUCACAAUAAAUUGUGAUGUUGAUUAGAGUCUAUACCCCAUACACUUUGAAUAAAAGCAUAAAUAAUUAUACAAGUAUUCGGAUUGGAAAAAAAUUCAGCAAUCUUCUUGUAUUAAUACACGAAACAUUUUUUUAGUUCACUUAAGCACCGAGUUACAUUUUGCCAUGUACGCCCUUUUAAUUGCCCGCUUGUAUGUGGUCGCUAAUAUAAUACUCAUAAUUUGUACAGAAAACAGUUUUGAAGUAAAUAAAUCAUAAUGAACACAUCAUUUGUGAAUAAAUGAGAAUUUG